AUGCUUCCGCAGAACGACGCGGAAACCAUACUCUACGAGGAGCUCAACUACCUGCUAGGAAGAGACUUCGACAUGGGUGACGAUUUCUUCGAGCUAGGCGGACACUCCUUGACAGCUAUGAAGCUUGCGACGCGUCUCGGCCAACGGCUCAACGCCAGCGUGGCGGUCAAGGAUAUCUUCGAUUACCCCAUCCUCACAGAUCUUGCAGCGGCAAUCCAACAAGGCACUAGCCCACACCGCGCCAUUGUCCCGAUGGGGUAUAGCGGACCUGUAGAACAGUCGUUUGCGCAAGGUCGUCUUUGGUUCCUUGAUCAACUUAAUGUCAAAGCGAUGUGGUACAUUAUCCCGCUAGCAACCCGCCUGCGUGGUCCGCUCAAUGUCGACGCACUAAACGCUGCUCUUCAGGCUCUUGAACAGCGACAUGAGACCUUGAGAACUACUUUUGAGGAGCACAGUGGCAUUGGUGCCCAAGUCGUCCACGCGCGUCGCUCUGGAGGUCUCCGCAUUGUCGACGCUUCUACUUAUACCAAGGCUGAGGUGCUCGACGCAGUGAAGGCAGAGCAGACAAGACCAUUCGAUCUUGCGGUUGAACCAGGCUGGAGGGUCUGUCUACUACGAAUCGGCGAGAGCGACAACAUUCUAUCUGUCGUAAUGCACCACAUCAUCUCUGACGGCUGGUCAGUGGAUGUCCUCCGUCGAGAACUAGACGUGUUCUACACCGCUGCACUCCGCGGGGAGCGUGGUGAGGAGUUGUCAUCGCAGAUCCCGGCGCUCCCAAUUCAAUACCGCGACUUCGCAUUGUGGCAGAAGCAAGCGGACCAAGUUGCUGAGCAGCAGAGGCAGCUUGGCUACUGGACAAAGCAGCUCACUGACAGUACCCCAGCUGAGUUUCUAUGCGACAAGCCACGACCCGACGUACUCUCCGGCCAAGCAGGUGUUGCUCCAGUUUUCAUCACAGGGGGCCUAUAUGAGAGCUUGCAGGCUUACUGCCGUGCUCAGCAAGUGACACCUUUCGUCGUCCUGCUGGCGGCCUUCCGUGCCACUCACUAUAGGCUCACCGGCACCGAGGAUGCUACUAUAGGUACUCCUAUCGCUAAUAGGAACCGCCCAGAGCUCGAAAACCUCAUCGGAUUCUUCGUCAAUACCCAAGCCAUGCGUAUUACUAUUACCGAGGAGUCCUUUGAAGGCCUUGUGCAGCAGGUGCGCCAUACAGCGACAGAAGCAUUUGCCAAUCAAGAUAUACCUUUCGAACAGCUCGUCUCAGCCCUGCUACCAGGACGGCGUGACGCAUCUCGCAAUCCCCUCGUCCAGGUCACUUUCGCUGUGCAUUCCCAACGAGAUCUGGGACGGCUUCGGUUUGAGGGCGUGCAGGGCGAGUUAAUACCUAUUGCAUUAACUACCAGAUUCGACUUGGAGUUCCAUCUCUUCCAGGAAGAGAAUUGUCUAAGUGGUAACGUGCUCUACGCUUCUGAGCUGUUUGAAGCCGCAACGGUUGAGAGUAUGCUUAGUGUCUUCCACGAAGUCCUGCGACGAGGCCUUGACAACCCAGAGACGCCUAUCGGGACGCUUCCACUUACAGACGGCGUCUCGCAGCUGCGUAACGAAGGGUUACUUAAGGAACCAAAGACGGACUAUCCGCGUGAAUCUAGUAUAGUCGACGUUUUCCGCGAGCAGGUGGCCCUCUAUCCAAAUGCGUUAGCGGUCAAGGACUCGUCAACCGAAUUGACGUACACUGAGCUUGACCGAUACUCUGAUGACCUGGCUGGCUGGCUAUGUAGGCGAAAGAUGGCUCCCGAGACUCUAGUCGGAGUCCUAUCAACGCGUUCCUGCCAAACAAUUACAGCCUUCCUUGGUAUCCUCAAGGCUGGUCUUGCGUACCUCCCUCUCGACAUUAAUGUCCCUACCGCCCGGAUUGAGACCAUUCUUAGAGCUGUCUCUGGCCACAAGCUCGCCCUCCUUGGUACUGACAUUCGGCGUCCGGACAUCAUGCUACCGGAUGUUGAGAUGGUACUGAUUGCUGAGACCUUGGGACAUGCAGGUACCACUACAACGAUCCUGCCGACGCCCUCUUCCACCAGCCUCGCUUACGUCAUCUUCACAUCAGGCUCAACAGGCAAACCGAAAGGUGUCAUGGUGGAGCAUCGAGGUAUCGUCCGCCUGGUCAAGAAUAGUGACGUGCAAGAAAUGAUGGCACCGUCGUCACGUGUCGCCCAUUUAACAACUAUCGCUUUCGACAUCGCUACGUGGGAGAUAUUCUCAGCGCUCCUGAAUGGCGGGUCUCUUGUCUGCGUAGACUACUUGACGACGCUAGACAGUAGAGCGCUUGGUGCGUUAUUCAACCAGGAGAAGAUUAAUGUUUCUAUGUUUUCAUCAAUGCUGCUCAAACAAUGUCUCGCAAGCUAUCCAGACUGUCUUCACGGCUUGAAGGUUCUAUUCGUUGGCGCAGACCGUGUUGAUAGUCGGGACGCUCUCCAAGCACAAGCUCUUGUCGAUGGUGGAGCUGGAGGAGUCUACGACUCGUACGGACCGACAGAAAACGCAGUUGUCAGCACUCUAUAUAAAAUCGACAGGCACGAUCCAUAUGUCAAUGGCGUACCAAUCGGCCAAGCCAUGAGCAACUCAGGUGCCUACAUUAUGGACGCGCACCUACAGCUUGUCUCAACUGGUGUCAUGGGCGAACUUGUGGUAACAGGUGAUGGUCUAGCGCGUGGAUACACAGACUCGGCUCUAGAUCUCAACAGAUUUGUCGACAUUACUAUCGAGGGUCAAAAGGUUCGAGCAUACCGCACAGGCGACAGAGUCCGAUACAGGCCAAUGGAUGGCCAGAUUGAGUUCUUUGGCCGUCUAGAUCAGCAAGUCAAGAUUCGCGGCUACCGUGUUGAGUUAGCUGAAGUUGAGCACGCUAUCCUUAGCCAUGACAUUGUUAGCGACGCCGCCGUUGUAGUACGCUAUGACCAAGAAGAUACCGGAGUGGAGAUGGUCGGGUUCGUUACAAAGCGCGGCGACGACACGCAAAAGCAAGACAAUACUGCCACUGCCAACAGUCACUUAGAAGGGUGGCAAGAGCAUUUUGAAAAGAGUCGAUAUGCGGAUAUUUACAAUAUCGAUCGCUCGAGCAUCGGUCGUGACUUCAUGGGAUGGACUUCGAUGUACGAUGGAGAAGACAUUCCUAAGGAUGAAAUGAAUGAAUGGCUUGAUGAUACUAUUCAACAGAUCCUAGACGGACAGGCUGCGGGCCAUGUCCUUGAGGUCGGCAGUGGUACAGGUAUGAUCCUGUUCAAUCUUGGUGACGGCCUACAGCAAUACGUUGGUAUUGAUCCCUCGGCUGCGGCUGCCUCUUUCGUCCGCGACAUGGCGCAAUCCGUGCCAGAUCUGGCAGACCGAGUCGACAUGCAAGUUGGUGGAGCGACUGACGCUGGUUGUCUGAAGGGUCUCCAGUCAGAGCUUGUUAUCGUCAACUCUGUGGCACAAUAUUUCCCUUCACCAGAGUAUUUGAUGGAGGCUGUAGACACGCUAGUUGGGCUUCCUGGUGUACGAAGGAUCUUCUUCGGUGACAUCAGAUCUUAUACUCUCAACACAGAGUUCCUCGUGUCAAGAGCUCUACACACGCUCGGCAAUAAGGCGUCAAAGGAUGAGGUACGACAGAAGAUUGCAGAAAUUGGGGAACGAGAGGAAGAGCUAUUGAUUGAUCCUGCGUUCUUCACCCAGCUGACAAGUCGUCUGGCUGACCGGGUGUCGCAUGUCGAGAUCCUACCGAAGAUGAUGAGGGCUACUAACGAACUCAGCGCGUACCGAUACGCGGCUGUCAUACACGUUCAUGAGACGGCAGAUCAGGCGCCAGCUGUACAUCCAAUCGCAGCUGACGUCUGGCACGACUAUCACGUGUCGAAGAUGGACCGUAGCUCUCUUCUUAGCCUUCUGCAGAGCUCUCCCAGCAACCAACCCAUUGCUAUCAGCAACAUUCCGUACAGCAAGACAAUCCUAGAACGUUGCCUGGUCGAGUCCCUCGAAGAAUACAACGAAACUACACAAAACUGGAUAGCAGCCGCUCGCGAAAAGGCCGAACGCUGUCCUGCCCUCUCUGCCGCUGACCUAGUUGAGCUUGGAAAAGAAGCGGGCUUACGAGUUAAGCUCAGCUGGGCUCGUCAACGAUCUCAGAACGGCGCUGUCGAUGCAGUGUUCCACAACUACCAAUCACGACAUGAUGGAGGCCGUGUGCUCAUCCAAUUCCCUGCCGAUGACGCCAAUCAAGUGCCGAACUCACGCACAAAUCGGCCGCUCCAAGGACUACAGAGUCGUCGGGUUGAAGCGCAAGUUCGGGACCGUCUACAGAUCUUGCUACCUGGCUAUAUGGUGCCAAGCCGCAUCGUGGUGCUGGACCAGAUGCCCUUCAAUUCUAAUCGUAAGGUGGACAGAAAGGAGCUCGCCAAGAGAGCUAAGACAGUGACCAAGAGCAGGCUAUCUCGGGAGCGCGUGACCCCACGCAACGAGAUGGAAAGCCUGCUCUGUGAGGAGUUUACUAACGUUUUAGGAGUGGCGGUCAGCGUCACGGAAAAUUUCUUUGAGCUUGGUGGACAUUCCCUCAUGGCGACGAAGCUCGCAUCGAGUCUCGGCCGGCGCUUGAAUACCAGCCUGUCUGUGAGAGAUAUUUUCAGCAAUCCUGUCCUCGCCGAUCUUGCCUCGGAGCUAUCGCUCAAGCUGAGAGCGAAUGGAGAGGCGGAAGCAUCCGCUUCGGUACAAGCAGACAGCGCUCCCUUCGAGCUCCUUCAGGCGGGUGACCGCUCGGACUUCGUGCAGAAUGAGAUCACUCCACAACUAGGAGAUCGUUCGGCCAAGGUUCUUGACGUCUACCCUCCUACUCAGGUUCAGAAACGGUUCUUGCAUGAUCCAACAACAGGAAAUCCACGAGUCCCUCCGGUCUUUAUCAUCGACUUCCCUUCCGAUACGGAUUGCGAGAGGUUAGCCAGCAGCUGUGGGGCCCUUGUGCAGCAUUUCGACAUCUUCCGCACUACUUUCGUAUCCGUCAAAGGCACGCUGCAUCAAGUGGUUCUAGAAAACCUUGCUGUCCCGAUCGAGGUAAUUGAAACGGAUAGCGAUAUCACAAGUGCGACCCGCUCGGUAGUAGACAUGGAUCUCAAGCAACCCCUCCGCCUUGGACAAUCACUACUUCGCAUCGCCAUUCUCAAGCGACAGCAAUCAACGGUGCGAGUAAUACUUCGGAUGUCACACGCUUUGUACGAUGGCUUGAGCUUCGAGCACAUUGUACUCUCCCUACACGCCCUCCACAACGGCAACACACUUGCAACGCCGUCAAGAUUCGCCAGCUACAUCCAGCACAUGGUACAAAGCCGUGCACUCGGCUAUAACUACUGGAGCUCCGUCCUACAACACUCCUCAAUGAGCAUCAUCCCAGACGUGCGACGCAAUCUCGAAAACGCGCCCAGACUCAGCGGAACCUACAUCGUGGAGAAGACCAUCCCAUCGCCCUUCCUAGCUAGAUACAAAAUCACGCCAGCCACAGUCUUCACAACAGCUUGUGCCAUCAUGCUAGCAAAGGAAACCGGAUCCACCGACCUCCUCUUCGGCCGCGUUGUAUCCGGACGGCAGAACCUACCGAGCACGUCGCAGAACAUCGUCGGCCCUUGCACCAACGAAGUCCCUGUGCGGGUCCUCAUCGACGAGAAUGCCACGCUAGGAGAUGUCCUUCAGAACGUCCAAUCACAGUACGUCGACAGCCUGCCCUUUGAAACCCUGGGCUUCGACGAUCUGAAGGGCAACUGCACAGACUGGCCCGCUUCAACAACAGAUUUCGGCGCUUGCACCACAUUCCAAAACUACGAGAUGCGACCUCAAAGCCAGAUUCAUGGCCAAAGCAUCCGACUCGAUGGGUUUUCGCGCCAUGAUGACGAGGAGGAGGCUAAGGAGGGCGCCGAUGGCUUGACGAGGAUGGUGUUGCGCGAGUCGCCGCUGCAUAAUGUGGAGAUCACGGGUAUUCCGGAGGCGGAGAGCUCUAGGUUGAGGGUCAUUGUGAAUGGGAAUUUGGGGAGGUUUGAGGAGAAGACGGUGGAGCGGAUUUUGGAGGAGCUUUGUAGUGCGUUGGCGCUUUUGACGGGGAGUGAGCGGGUGCUGAUGGGUGAUGCGCUUGCGAAGGUUUGA